UUGUCGUCAGUCGGGUGGGGACCGACCGUGUUCGGUAAUAGUCGGCGUCUUCGGUACUUGUCUAGCGCUGUUCGGUAUCUCCCCAAAGCUUCCCAAAUACCUCCCUCGGAACCUAGCGCGGGUGCAUGCUCAUCACCGGCCUCAAAAUAUAUUGUUAAACAUGCACACCGGCUCAGAAUGUAA